GAUUGCUACAUAACCCGAUCCCAAUUGUCGAACUCCUUAUCGUUUCCUCAAAAUCCCCAAUAUCGAUGGCCAACAUCCCCUAUCCAGGUCGUCUGCCCUCGAUUCUCCUCUCCCGGAAACCACGAUUCACCGACAGCCGGAACGAUACCACGGCCACGGCCAAAUCAAAACAUGGCUAUACCAUGGCGGUCUCCUUCUGGAUGGAACACCCACCGCACUUGUCCCUCUUCUCCAUCAACUGUACCAAGCCUCCCCAUGUUUUGUCGCAAGACCUUGAUUUCUCAGUUUUGCCACACGUUGUCGGCGCGGAUGGCCCUUUCGUCCUCCUCCGCGCCACCUUCUACGCCGCCGCCGGCGAAAGCGAAUAUUUCCUGUACAAGGCCGGCCGUCCCCCGUCGCUCGAGCGGAUUCCUUCUCCCGGCGAGUUGGAUGAUCUGAGCGGGGUCAGGGAGUGGGGCAUCGUCGGCCGCGGGGGCGACGGCCACUAUCUCCUGGCCGCUCUCCGUGACGCACCGGCGUCGGAGUCGGGCGACGGCUAUCAGCUUCGAAUCUAUUCGUCCGAGACAAAUUCUUGGAGCACUAGGAUACUGCACAAUCCAUGUCCUGGAGUCGACAGGGUUAUACCUGAUAAGAUGAUCACGCUUGGACAAGAAGGCUUGCUAGGCUGGGUUGAUUUGUCACACGGCCUGCUUGUCUGCGACUUGCUUCUUCUUCUUCGACACCAAGAUCCUGUUCCUGCUGGUGCCCCUGUAAGCUGCUUCAUCCCGUUGCCUGCCCCGUUGCCUGGAAACAGGUACAAACUCAAAUAUCCCUUCGCCCUGACCCAAAAGAUGAAAAAACACCCUUCAGUCGACGAAGAAUCCCGCUCCGCAAGCUGGUUUCGGGAUCUCGCAUAUGUCAAUGGCGUGCUCAAGUUUGUUGAGAUGGAGACUCAUCCUGCUCCUUAUCCUCAAAACAAGGAGGACAGUAUUAUCGACGAGCAAGACUUGAUCAUGUCGCUCAAGCACAAACCCGACGAUGAGGAUUCCUGGCUGCAGCUCUCCUCCUUUAGGGAUGCCUGGAGGGCUGUGACAUGGACUCGGAAACUAGUUUGGCCGCCAUCGUCGCCUAACUUUUGGCGCCAGACAUGUGCUGCUCAUGUUGCUGAUCUAAAGAAGUGUGUAGAGUUGUUGGCAUUCAGGGAACUCUACUCAGCUUUCCCCAUCCUCAGUCCGGAGGAUGGUGAUGAUAUUAUUUAUCUCAGAUCUCUGGGGGAACCCAGUGAUGGGAAUGGAUGGGUGGCUGCUCUUCACAUAGGGAACAAGGAAAUCAAAGCAGUUGGGAAGUAUUAUCUUCCGGAUGAUUUUUAUUACGACCGCUGCUUUGACCCUGAACAUCCUUUCCGUGCCUCUACAUUGUCCCGCCAUCUGGAUAUCACUCCAGGCAUUGAAGUCUCGGCGUGUAGGAAGAUCCCAGAGGCUAGCAGCUCAGCAAAUCAUCCAAGCAACACCUCAAUCUGUAUCGGUGAGCUCAGUUCCUGCAAACCAAGGAGCAAAAUCCAAAGGCAAUCAGAAUUUGCUGAGGACAUCAAGCGCGUACGAAAUCGUCAAAAGAUUUCCCAGGUCCAUCCUGUUGAAAACUAUAUGCCACAGCAGGAGAAGUGGUGUCUGCCCCCUUUGUAUUCAUUGCCGCUCCAUGAAAACUAUCAGCCACAACAGGAAAAGUGGUGUCUGCCCCCUGUGUAUCCAUUGCGGCUCCAUGAAAACUAUCAGCAACCGCAGAGAUGCUUCGACAAGCCAAAAGGACCAUGUGGCCCUGGGUCUGCAUCGUUGACCCCUGUACAUGUUGGUCACAGCUACCAGCCACUGUGCCCACCAUCAGAACAUCAGUUGACAUCUAGUAGUGAUUUUAAACCUCAGGAGGCACCCCAGACAUGCUUCAACAACUACGCUGGGUAUUCACAACAACAAUCUGCCCCUAACCCAUUUGCCUAUAGCGUGCACACGGGCUAUGGGAACUGCCAAGAGCAGUGGUGGCCUAUUGGCGCAUCUUCGCAGCAACACGCAGGCUAUGGCAACUACCAACAGCAGUGGUGGCCUAUUGGUGCAUCUUCGCAACAACCAGCUCCUGUGGUGCAGCGUCAGGCAACACCUUGAGUGACAGAGAUUUGAUGGCUAACCUCAGAUGAGGCUUAUGGUGUAAGCUUUCUGUAUGGGGUUUUGUUUCAACCUGAAGGAACCAUGUUAUAGGCCAUCUUGUGAGGGAAAUCCAUCUUGGCUCCCGGGACCAGAUGAUCCUGAUAUGUGGACCAACCGGAACGAAACAGGUCGAUAGCAAACUUUGUAUUCCCAAUCGUAUUUGGAGGAGCAUUGGAUUAAGGUACAAUGUCUCUUGCAACCGUUGUGGGUGCAUUCAUUGCGACGGCCCGGCUGUGGAUGUACCGGAACAAACGAUUUCAUGAUGUCCUGGAUUGAUCCGUGGAUCUGGCACUGCAUACAUGGUUCCAUGUAUCGUGUUAUUAUACAUGGUUCCAUGUAUCGUGUUAUUCAGCUACCAGGUGGAAGAACGAUUCGACAAAAUCAAUCACCAUGCUUUUUGCUACUUACCUUUGCAACUGGUCUGCUUCAGAUGAGCUGACACCCAAGUCACCCGACACCUUCAGAGGUGAUGCCAGCAGAGGCAUUCCAGUCUCCUGGGGCCAUGGUUUGUUUUCUUCACGGCUCUGCUUCUAUCCCACUACAGCACAUCAACCUGCUAGAUGUAGAGUAAACAGCUGCCCACCUCAUGUAGUUUUAAACUUCAAAUUUCUGUGGUGUUGGCAUGCCUUCCAAAUGUUCAACUCAUGGUACACUUGUCCGGCCUUUAACAUUUUAUUGUAAUUUUGUCAAAAAUUUGCUUGAUCAACAA